CACAUCCUGCCCUACUCGACGUCGCCUUUCCUCCUAUACAGACGCUUUUUUUUGUGUUUUGAGUUGCCCACGAUGACCAAACGCUCACGAGCAUCCACCUCUGCCGCUGCCGCCAGCAAACGUACGCGUCCAUCUGAUCUCUCAUCUCAACGUCCAUCUCAGCGCGCAUCGUCACCUCGAGAAGCCCUGGCUGCUGCGAGCCAGGCCACCGCGCCUAUACAAACGUUCGAGUUGGAGUUGUUAGAGUCACAACCCGAGGAGGCGAUCGUCAGGCCUGCUGAGGGCAGCGAGCUCGGUACAGUGGCUACAACUGAAGCUGGAGGUGGUGAUAGCGAUGGAGGUGGAGAUGGAGAUAAUGAUGAUGAUGCCACCCGCGAGGACAACUUUGACGGCAUUGAUUGGGCGCGUUUAAAGAGGUUUAUGAAACCUCUUAAGACACAGAAGCGCUCUCUGAGCUGGAUUUUUCAACACGGUUAUCGUGUUGUUGAGCGCAACAACCCAAGUAAAGUAUGGUUUGUAUGCAAGUACUGUCAUACUCAUAAGAUUGUUAACAGCGGCACCUUUAACGUUUCAAGAGCUACUUCAGCUGCUGCCUUCCAUCUUGGGCAGCUAAAAAGAGGUCAUUUGCACUCAAAGGAUAGCCCAAAACAACGCCAACUCGGCGGGCAGCUCUCUCUACGGCAGGCGAUAGAGGCCGCAGUCCUGUGCCUACUCGACAACAACUUGCCGAUGGAGCUACUUUCAAGACCCUCCUUUCGUGAGAUGAUUAGUUUUGCUAACCUAGAGGCUAGUAGUAAACGCGGCUUCUUUAGAGUUAUUGCUUACUUUGCUAAUACCUUAGUAAUACGAGACCUGCCUAUCGCUUUACCGUAG